GGUAAUAAGAUCAGUUACAAACUUAACCUACCAAAAAUAUUACCAAAAACAAGAAUGAGGAUGUGCUUUUCAUCUGUUGGAUGGCUGGUGAUUGUAUCUAAAACUAAAGGGUGUGAAUGGAGUCUUGUGCAUCCUUUAAAUCAUGCCAAAGUUGAGCUCCCAGAUGUACGGGGGUCUUUGCCAGGCAGCGUUGUUUCUGGUUUCCGGUUAGGGAAGUUUGCCUUAUCAUCGAGCCCUUCUUGGACAUCGGAUUACAUAGUCAUGUUUCAAUCAGGUCAUAGAUUUGGUUUUUGCAGGCCAGGGCUAGGUGAAAAUUGGAAAUGCAUAGUAUCAUGGAGAGAUUUAAUAAUGGAUCUAAGUUAUUAUAAAGGACAGUUCUAUUUCGUGCACCUUUCGAGCCGCAUUUCAGUUUUUGAUAUUGACAAAGAAGAAAUAAGGCUUGUUGCUCCAGAAUUUCCAGAGGAACAACUUUUAGGUCCUAAUGUGCGUAUUAAAGAGCACUAUUUAGUGGAAUCAGCGGGGGUUCUUUUGGUGGUUCUGUUUACUACCACAGCCACCAAGUGUGAAGACCAAGGAUUAACAUUUGGCUGCAGGGUUUUUGAGGUCCCAUUUACAAACAGCAAAUCGUGGUCGGACUCGGAGGUUAGGAGCUUGGGGAACAGAACCAUUUUCCUAAGUAAAUGUAGUUCUUCCUUCACAAUCGAGGCAUCAGACUAUUCUGGAUCAUGGUGUGUAACACAACAAUAUGUGGCCUUAAGGGCUGCUUGGUUUUCUUAUGUGGGGAAACUGAGCAAAUAGGCUUCGCCAUUAACCUGCACUACAUGCAAUGUGGUGCAUUCAAGACAACGGCGCUAAUCAGGUGAGAUGGCUGUUUGGAGGGUGUU